AAUAAAAAAAGUGCAUACAAUCCAGUUAUGUUGAAAGUAUUACCAUACGUUUGUGCAUUUAGGGCCAGCAAUAGAAACUGUGCGCACAUUAUAAGAACGUUGGCCAAAUACCAGCAACAGCAGCAGCCGCUACAGCAACAACAACAAGACUCACGCAUUAGCCGUCGCUGCUACGCAACUUUGGCGGCCAAGAUGAAGAAGGAGAAGAAGGAAAAGUCUGGCUCUGGCGCUGGCGACAGCCGCAAAGAACUUAACCCCUGGCCGCAAUACAUUGAAGAGCGUAAUGUCUUCUGGGAUAAAUGCAAGGCCGAAUAUUUAGCCGAGCUGGCAGCUAAGCCACGUUUUGCCAUUAAGGUAACGCUGCCCGAUGGCAAGCAACUGGAUGCCACUGCAUGGGAGAGCACGCCUUAUGAGGUGGCUCGAGGCAUUAGCCAAGGCUUGGCUGAUAAUACAAUCAUUGCCAAGGUGAAUGGCGAGGUCUGGGACUUGGAUCGUGUGCUGGAGGGCGAUUGCAGUUUGCAGCUGCUGAAGUUUGAUGAUCCAGAGGCGCAGGCCGUGUUCUGGCAUAGCUCUGCUCAUAUUAUGGGCGAAGCCAUGGAGCGCAUCUAUGGUGGACACUUGUGCUAUGGUCCACCAAUUGAGAGCGGCUUCUACUACGAUAUGCAUCUGGAGGGUGAAGGCAUCUCCACCAAUGAUUAUGGCACAAUGGAGACGCUGGUGAAGCAAAUUGUCAAGGAGAAACAAAACUUUGAACGUCUGGAGAUGAAGAAAUCUGAUCUGCUGGAGAUGUUCAAGUACAACGAGUUCAAGGUACGCAUACUCAACGAGAAGGUGACCACUGAUCGCACCACGGUCUACAAGUGCGGCUCGCUCAUCGAUCUUUGUCGCGGUCCACACGUGCGUCACACUGGCAAGGUGAAGGCGCUGAAGGUGACCAAGAACUCAUCUACCUACUGGGAAGGCAAGGCUGAUGCUGAGACGCUGCAACGUGUUUAUGGAAUUUCAUUCCCUGAUCCCAAGCAGCUGAAGGAAUGGGAAAAGCUGCAGGAGGAAGCCGCUAAGCGUGAUCAUCGCAAGAUUGGACGUGAGCAGGAGCUGUUCUUUUUCCAUGAACUCUCACCCGGUUCCUGUUUCUUCCAACCACGCGGCGCGCAUAUUUACAACACGCUAAUGAGUCUAAUGCGUGAUGAGUACAGAAAGCGUGGCUUCCAGGAAGUCAUAUCGCCCAAUAUUUACAAUGCCAAGCUCUGGAUGACCUCUGGCCAUUGGCAGCAUUAUGCUGAUAAUAUGUUCUCCUUUGAGGCGGAGAAGGAGAAGUUUGCGCUCAAGCCCAUGAACUGUCCUGGACAUUGCCUGAUCUUUGAUAACCGCAAUCGAUCGUGGCGCGAGCUGCCGCUGCGCAUGGCCGACUUUGGUGUGUUGCAUCGCAAUGAGCUGUCAGGCGCCUUGACGGGAUUAACGCGUGUGCGUCGUUUCCAGCAGGAUGAUGCGCAUAUUUUCUGCAUGCCCGAGCAGAUCAAGAGCGAGAUGAAGGGUUGUCUGGAUUUCUUGCAUCAUAUCUACACUAUCUUUGGCUUCUCCUUCCAGCUAGUGCUGUCCACGCGUCCAGAAAAGUAUUUGGGCGAGCUGGAGGUGUGGGAUGCUGCCGAAAAGGCACUGGCUGAAUCACUCAACGAGUUUGGCAUGCCAUGGAAGGAGAAUCCCGGCGAUGGUGCUUUCUAUGGCCCUAAAAUUGAUAUAACCAUUAUGGAUGCGCUGAAGCGUCCAUUCCAAUGCGCAACCAUACAGUUGGACUUCCAGCUGCCCAUACGCUUCAAUCUCAACUACAUUGCUGACGAUGGCGAGAAGAAGCGUCCAGUGAUUAUUCAUCGCGCUAUUCUGGGCUCCGUGGAGCGCAUGAUUGCCAUUCUAACCGAGAACUAUGCUGGCAAGUGGCCCUUCUGGCUUUCACCACGCCAGGUUAUGGUGGUGCCGGUGGGCCCUGCUUAUGAUGAGUAUGCCAAGUCUGUGCGAGAUCAGCUGCAUGCCGCUGGCUUCAUGAGCGAAGUGGACUGCGAUGCGGGCGAUACGAUGAACAAGAAGAUACGCAAUGCUCAACUGGCGCAAUUCAACUUUAUUCUCGUGGUGGGGGACAAGGAGCGCACCUCGCAUACUGUUAAUGUGCGCACUCGCGACAACAAGGUGCAUGGCGAGGUUUCUGUGGUGGAUCUGAUUACCAAGCUGCAGAAGAUCCGCGAUGAGUUUAUCACAAACGAGGAUAGCUUCUAAGCUCAGGAGCUUGGCGCACUAUUUAUAUAUACCGACUUAUUAUCUUUGCAAAGCAAAAAGCAGGCAUUUCUCUUACAGUUUUAUUUACGCUUACAUUUGAAUAAAAUACCCAAAUUCAAAACCA